AUGACAGAGCUGGUCUGCGAACCGGAGGUAGACGACGAUCCAGAUGAGGCCGAGGUAGCCGAUGUCGAUUCUGUGGAUGUGCUGAUGGCAGAAGACGUUCCUGAGCUAGACACUGUAGCUGUAGUCGUGCUGAGAGCCGACGAAGUCGAGAUAGCAGAGCUUGCUGUACUGAUACUCGACGACGAGGCCACAGAAGUUGUCCCAGAGGCAGAUGAGACAGUCGCUGAUGUUGACGACGGGCCUCCUGAGGAGGACGAGGAAGACAGGGUUGGCACAUGCUCCGGGAUCAACGAAGGCCGACACGAAGUACCCUGUGCCGUCCAAGCAGAAACCACUUGUUCCUCUCAAUUGAGCCAGUCUACCGACAAAGAACCAAGUGUGGAAGCCAGCAGGUAA